AUGUUCGUGUACGAAUUUAUGGCUGGAAUAGUGGACACAAUCACGGGAGCUGAGGAAGAUGAAGAAACCUACGACCCGCAUCAGCACCGGAAAGUGGAAAAACCAACAUCGUACUCGGACACCAUGAUACAUCUAUUGAAGGGUAGCAUAGGAGCUGGAGUGCUAUGUAUGCCAAGUGCCGUGGCGCGUAUGGGUGUACCUGGCAGCAUCAUCUGUCUCACACUGAUUGGCACCUUUGCGGCUUAUUGCAUGCAUAUGCUGAUUGGUGCUCAGUAUAAGAUAUGUAAACGUGCUCGCCGUGGCUAUGUGGCCUAUCCGCGCUGCAUGUUUUUAGCCGUACAGGACGGUCCACCGGCCCUUCGCUGGGCUGCUUCACCUUUAUACUACUUCGUUGACGGAGUACUCGUACUAUGGCAACUCGGCAUCUGUUGCAUUUACUGUGUUUUCGUCUCAGAGAAUGUUAAACAGGUAUUUGACUUCUACGGUGCUGAAAUAUCGUUACGAGCACACCUUUGCGUACUCCUGAUUCCGCUUACACUAUUAGGAUUAAUAAAGGAUCUAAAGCUAAUGACUCCACUGUCCACGGUUUCCAACGUUGUAACAAUGCUCGGCUUUAUUUUGGUCUUCUUUUACCUUAUCGAAGAUGACGUGGAUUUAGAUGAUGAUAAGCUUCGAUUAAAAACUCUUUUAGACAUACCUGUGUUCAUUGGAACUGCUUUGUUUGCAUUAGAAGCCGUCGGAGUGGUCCUAGCAUUGGAGUACAAUAUGGAGGAACCACGACGGUUUGUGGGAUUAUGUGGAUUGUUUAAUAUUGGCAUGCUAAUAAUAAUUACGUUAUAUCUCACGAUGGGAGUGUUCGGUUAUCUUAAAUAUGGAGAUGAUAUCAAGCCUUCCAUUACUCUCAACCUGCCGCAAGAAGAGAAAAAAGCGCAGGCUGCCAAAUUAACCUUUGCGUUGGCAAUAUUCUUGUCCUUUCCUCUGCAAAAUUUUGUUGCUUACUCCAUUCUGUGGCGGAAGAUUAAAAAGAAAGCAACGACAUCAGCAAAGAGUACAUUUGUCUUGGAUUACACAUUGCGAUUGAUAUUAGUACUUGUUCCAUGGGCUGUUGCGGUGGCAGUGCCUCGACUGGGUCCGUUCAUUUCGCUGUUUGGUGCAUUCUGUCUUUCUCUACUGGCAGUGGUAUUCCCUGGUCUCUUAGACGCCUGUCUGCGCUAUCCGAGCGAGUAUGGCCCGGCACACUUCCGUCUCGCAAGGGACAUACUUAUCGUUUUAUUUGGCACCGCUUGUCUUGUCUCAGGGUGCUAUACCAGCGUACUGGAGAUUUUUGACCAUCACUGA